GAAGCGUCAGUGACGUCUUCGUGCGCGGCUCGCUGCCGCUUCACCGCUCCGCUUUUUCCGCCUUUACUCCGUCCGGUCGGCAUGACGGUGGGAGGUGGACGCUCCUCUUAAAAAUGGCUUUUAAUUAUCAAUAUGCGUGGAAGUGGAGACUAUAAACCCGACACGUUUUUACAGCCGCUGCUGCUGCUGCUGCUGUUGUCAGGUGGUCGUUAGCUCCCCGGGCUAACGCGGCUAGGCUAGGUGACAGGUAAACCUGGUGGGAAAUAGUUUUCUGUAACGUAAAACAAAAGGAGCAAAAUGGAGCUGUUUCAAGCAAAAGACGAGUAUAUUCUCCAGAGUGGAGACCGUGCCCUGUGGUGCAGCCGGAGAGACGGGAGCCUGACUGUCAGACCUGCCACAGAUCUUUUGUUAGCCUGGAACCCGGUGUGUUUGGGUUUAGUGGAAGGUGUCAUUGGAAAGAUACAGCUUCACACAGACCUUCCACUCGGCCUCGUAUUAAUCCGCCAGAAAGCACUGGUUGGUAUUUUACCAGGCAACCACAAAGUUUACAAGAUUACCAAGAUAGCUGUCAUUCCACUGUCUGAAGAAGAGCCUCAGGAACUCGAGCUGGAGGGGAGCUUCAUGGAGGGUGAGACCCAUUAUUUUCAACUUUGCAAGAAACAUCAUUUUGGAAUUGACAAAUCGGAGAAAUUGGCCCAGUCCCCAGACGAGUCGAAGUUGAUGAAAACGUUGAGUCAGAUCAAAUCUAACGUGGCUGUGCCCAUCAAGAAAAAGUAUUCCCCUGCUUUCCAGGUGAAGGAAAACAAAGAGAAGGAGCGUCUGGAAAGACGGCUGCUGGACGAGCUGUACAAGAUCUUCAUGGACUCGGACUCUUUCUACUACAGCUUGACCUACGACUUGACAAACACUGUGCAGCGCCAGGGAGAGUUGGAGAAGUCAAACCUACCCCUAUGGAAGCAGGUGGAUGAUCGCUUCUUCUGGAACAAAUACAUGAUCCAAGAUCUUAUCGACCUUCAGGUCCCAGAAGCGGACUUCUGGGUGACACCGAUCAUCCAGGGCUUCGUACAGGUGGAGGAACUGGUGGUGAACUACAAUGACACGUCGGAUGAGGAACGGAGCAGCCCAGAGACUCCACCGAAGGACGUCACCUGUGUCGACGACAUCCACCCUCGCUUCACCGUGGCCCUGAUCUCCAGACGCAGCCGUCACCGCGCAGGGAUGCGGUACAAGCGAAGAGGCGUGGAUACAGACGGACAUGUGGCCAACUAUGUGGAGACAGAGCAGUUGAUUCACGUGCACAGCCACACUCUGUCCUUUGUGCAGACUCGUGGCUCCGUGCCCGUGUUCUGGAGUCAGGCCGGGUAUCGCUACAACCCCAGGCCACGCUUGGAGAAAGGAGAGAAGGAGACUAUGCCUUAUUUUGCUACUCACUUUGAGGAACAGCUUAAACUUUACAAGAAGCAGGUCAUCAUUAACUUAGUCGAUCAAAGUGGACGGGAGAAAAUAAUUGGCGAUGCAUUUCUGAAGCAGGUCCUUCUAUACAACAACCCAAACCUCACCUACGUGUCAUUUGACUUCCACGAGCACUGCCGUGGUAUGAAGUUUGAGAACGUGCAAGUACUGACGGAUGCGAUUUCUGAUAUCGUCACGGACCUGAAGUGGGCCUGGGUGGAUCAAGCAGGAGUGAUCUGCCAGCAGGAGGGUUUCUUCAGGGUCAACUGCAUGGACUGUCUGGACCGGACCAACGUGGUCCAGGCUGCUCUGGCCCGGGCGGUGAUGGAACAUCAGCUGAAGAAAUUAGGCGUGAUGCCUCCAGAGCAGCCUCUGCCUCUCAAGUGCUACAGGAUUUAUCAGGUCAUGUGGGCCAACAAUGGUGACACCAUCAGCAGACAGUACGCGGGCACAGCAGCACUUAAGGGAGACUUCACCAGGACGGGAGAGAGAAAACUGGCUGGUGUGAUGAAAGAUGGCGUAAACUCUGCCAACCGUUACUAUCUGAACCGUUUUAGAGAUGCCUACAGACAAGCAGUUAUCGAUCUAAUGAUGGGGCUGCCGGUGACCGAGGACCUCUACUCCAUCUUCAGUAAGGAGAAGGAGCAUGAGGAGAAAGAGGAAGAGAGCCAGAGAGGAGCGCAGGAGCAAGUCAGCCUCCUGUUGCAGACGUACAUGCAGCUUCUGCUGCUAGAUGAUGAGAAGUUUCACGGCGGUUGGGCCCUGAUCAACUGUGACAUGAGCCUCAUUGAUGCAACAAACAAAGACGUGGAUGUGUUGCUGCUCCUGUCAGACAAAGCCUACUACAUCGCUUACUAUGACGAGGAGGCAGACAAAGUUAACCAAUACCAACGCCUUAACUUGGAGGGCUUGGAGAAGAUUGAAAUUGGUCCGGAGCCUACUCUAUUCGGGAAACCGAAGUUCUGCUGUAUGCGUUUGCACUUCAGGAACGAAGACACGAGUGGAUACUUCCACACGCUGAGAGCAGCAACACGGAACUCUGAGGAUGAUGGGAAAGACACAUUGCAGUGCAUAGCUGAGAUGCUUCGCAUCACUAAACAAGCCACAGGGCAAGAUCUGGUUGUGGUUGAGAAGAAGCUGGAUAGGCGGCAGAGCAGACCUCACGAAGACAUCAUGAUCCAGAAUAAACCUGCCGACCAAGUCCCGGGCGGGUCCGGCCUGGCGCAGGGCAAAAGUUUCCUCCUCAACAAAUUCUCCUCCCUCAACCAGAAGGUGAAACAGACCAAGACUAACGUAAACAUCGGCCCCUUCAAGCCUCUCGGUAAGCUGGGCAGCUUCUCCAAGCCCGACGUGGCUGUAAAUUUCCUCAAACCAAAUAUGCACGUCAACCUGUGGAAGUCCGACAGCAGCUUGGAGACGUCCGACGCCGUCACAGGAAACCUUAAGGACCUCGCUGACGAGCAUUACGACAACUCUUCAGACUCGGACUCGUACAAUUCAGACCCGGAGCACCCCCCGUGCUCUGGCUCCCUGGAAAAAGUGGACUAUGUGCUGCCCAGCUGCGGCAUCGUAGCAUCAAAUCCCCGACUGGGCAGCCGCUCCCAGUCCAUCGGCAGUGUGGAGCUCAAUAUCCCAUCUGUCGGUCGGGUGACCGGCUGUGACGGAAAGCAAGAAAACCUCUCUGAAAUCAGCGAUGACAAGUCCCCCGGGGCUGCGUCGGUGGCUGAAGAAGCCAUUCUCAUUGACUUUGGCACUCCAAUCGACGCCUACUGCCACCAGUUCGUGCACGACGCCCAGACCAAACCCGUGGAGGUGUUUGGAGAGCAGCCGCCGCCCAACGCCCUUCCACUCAACCCUGUGCAAAACAAGACGGCAGCAGACUCGGACAAGCAGCGGAGCUCCGAGCCGCAGGACCAGGACGAGGAGCCGCAGCUCCCCAGGCCGUCCCAGCUGGACGUUCAAAACUCUACCUCCGGUUCCAACCUGCUCUCCAUCCAGAAACCCAGCUCCGCCAUCUCCGGGGGUUCCCGGGGAAGCCUGUGCUCACAGAUGGAGGGAAGUCUGGGGCCGUCGCCGGCCGACAGCAACGGCAGCCGCGUGGUGUCGCCCUUCGCCAAGAUCAAGAGUUCCAUGGUCCAGGUGGCCAACCUGACCCAGGCCGGACUCACCCAGGGCAUCAACUACGCCGUCGCAAAGGUGCAGAAAAGCCCCGAGCCGGAGACCGUCAACGAGGCCCAAGAGAACGAGCUGAAGGCAAUGUUUACACAGUGCCAGACCCGGAUCAUCCAGAUCUAGUCCUUUACUCGUAGCAGGUCAUUCAGAAAACUACGGUGGCCGAGACCCGCCACUGCUGAAAAUAAAAGUAACGCUGCAAACAGAAACAAACGCUGCUGCAAAUAAAAUAAAACGCUGCAAACAAAUAGAAACGCAGCUGAAAAUAAAAGAAACGCUGAAAAUAUAUAAAUAAAAAACAACGCAAAUAAAAAAGCCACAACGGAAGUGAGUUACCGGGGACUGUUUUUGCCGAUGCACCAGUGUUUUUAUGCGAGAGGACACCGGUGUUGUUGUUUUUAUCAUUAAUAAUAAUGCCAAGAAUAAUUUAAAGCGUGGGAAACAAUAGUUAUUUGGAUGAAUGUGAAGUUGAAGCUGUGUGUGGUGGUCAGGGACUUCUCCUCUCACGUAAAAAACACCGGUGCAUCAGCAAAAAUAGUCCCCGGUAAUUCACUUCCGUUGUGGCUUUUUUAUUUGCGUCGGUUUUUUUUUUUAUUUGCAGCGGGGUUUCUUUAUAUUUGCAGCGUUUAUUUUUAUUUUCAGCUGCGUUUUUCUGUAUGCAGCGUUACUUUUAUUUUCAGCAAUGGCGGGUCUCGGCCACCGUAGAAAACCCUUACGGUAGCAGUAGCAAACGCUUGCAAAAACAUCACUGUUUGGCCGAGAAACGUUCCACUGAAUUUGCCCUUUAUUUACACCGGCCCCCUUUAACUCUUUCACAGAAUCGAGAAAUAAACCCCCAAUCCCAGCAUCCGCCUACGUUUACACGCACAUGAUUAUUGAUUCUUCUUCCUUUCACCACAUUGCUCGUUACUUUGUCGUCGUUCUUUGCCGUGCGGCCUCAACACACUGAAGAUAUCUUUUAAUAAUCAGUUGUGCCUCCCAGUAGAAUUUGCAAUAAUACUGACACCAUUUUCUUUUCUUUUGGUAUAAAUGUCUCAGAUCACCUUUUUAUGCAGCACUUGAGUUAAACGGAUAAGUAGAAUAUGGUUAUCCUUUACGAUAUCUGGGGAAGUAUUCCCAUACGUCAGUGAAACUUUGAUAAGAUCUGAGAAUCUUAAAUCCCUCCAGAGACGCCUUUAUUAUUGAACUAAAUCGCUCCUUAGGUACAAUUCUUAUGAACUCAAUACAAAUGACUUACCAGACGAGAUUAAAUAACAGUUAAAGCAGAUAUGUAAGUUUUAUAUGCACCAUAAAAUCACCCCCAGAGGGAUUUGUAAAGUAUUUUUUGCUCCCGGUGACCACGUGACUGUCCUUAGACUGAAGUUAUUUAAUGACGCCUGCAUGUGUGGUUGAUGGUAACAACUGUUAACAUUAGCUGCAUGCAGAAAGACCAACUCUGACUUUAUCCUACGCCGUACGUCAUUCUGAAUGCAGCUUACCUUUUGAUGUAAACCUCAUAAUAACCCUCAAUUUGUUGGAACCGUUGUAGAAAUGAACCAAAUAUCUUUUUUGGGAAACCCAGAGGACCGUUAUAUUUGUGGAAUAUUACAAUUUGUACAGCUGUCACAAGCGAGCAGGAUGACAUACCGUACGUAGAUAUCCUUUGUAAUAUCAGUGUUGUCGAAUGUGACUUAGAUGGAAUGCGGUAAUAGAGACGACCCCAUUAGACCCUUAGUUAAGAGUAUCCCGGUCGUCGAUAUGUACAGUGAGUAUUAUUUGUGUUCUCGGGCAGAGCUGUCUGCAUUCACGGUUGGGUGGAAACUGGAGCGUUUUAUUUUAAAAGAAUGCUCUGUUGUGUCAUUUCAGAUAGAAAACUAAGGGAUUGAAGUUGUUCUGACAGCUGUAUGUAAUUAAAUAACUAUUCUACUGUUGUACUAUUUAAUAUGAGGAUUUGUUUGAAUAUGACCCUUGGCCAGCCGUGACAUCGCAUGUUUGACCGAGACCGGAGUGUAGCACAUAUUGGGUAUAUAUGCAGUCGCACCCAUCCAUUUAUUAGAAAACACUUUUUGAAAUGCUUUAUGCACUCCCGAAACUGAAAGCAUAUUUGCCUUAACAGUGAAUUUAAGUGGGAUUCUGUAUAUCAGGUAUUUAUGGCAAAAUCUACCUUUUUAAGUCCAUUCUUUCAUGUUACAUUUGGUGUACUGUAUAAAAUAUGUUCAGGGUAACUUUGUCAUCGAGCUUCGUCUUGAAACGUUUCAUUUAGAUACCAGCACGUCCAGUCUUAGGUGUAAACAGUGUGCUAGUUGGGGGUCAUGUGCCGUUAAUUAGAACAUCAUUGCUGCCGCUGGUUUGUUCACCCAAGAACUCUCGUCGUCUUCAGAUUAUAUUAAACAUACACUACUAUUAUUAUUGUUGAUAAUAAAACAACCUCACCCAGUGAGGUGUUGCCUCAAUCACUUAUCCAGUCCAUUUUUCAUGUAUUAUUGAUGAACAUUUCUGAUAAAACCUUGUUGUAGAACGCCAUAGGAAAUUAUAAUGAACCUUGUCCCCCUUGUCCCUCUGUUUAGUGUUUGUUUUUUUAAAUAACUGUGCUUUGAGGAGAAAUAUUCCAAGAUAGAGUUGUAUACGUUUCAUAUUUUUGUCUUUUCUGCACUCUGCUUGCUCACCAGCAGGUGAAAUGUGGGACACUUUUAGAUUCUGUUAUAAUUGUUUUGAAUAAAACAGUAGUUACGGGUGCUGCUGAUGGUAUGUGUUGCUGCCAAAGCUUUAAAAGGUAAUGGGUGUAAUGAAAAUAUGUAAUACAGAGGGUUAGUUUUAGUUUUUCUUAAUUCAUUCAGGUUUGCUAACACUGGAGCAAUUUUUAACGCAGAGUAAACAUUUAUUGUGUAUGAAGCUAAAAGGAACAGUAAUCUUCAACAUUCCUGAUAAACCAGUGAAAGCGUCGCCGCUCGUUUGCUUUUUAUAUGCAAAAGAUUGCAGUUAUAUUCAAAUCGUGCAUUUGCCGGGUGAGAAUCUUGUCUCUUUCACAUCAGUCGUAUUUGCAUCCAGCUCCUCGUUUGUCGCGGCCGCUCUUCCCCUCCAUUAGGACCCCCGGCCAUGACGCGUCGUCAUGUGACUAGAUGUUCAAGCAUUUGAUUUGCACUGUUGAAGCACAUUCUUCUGGCACUGGCGUUCAUCUGGAUGUCUAAAGGCUUUCCUCUGUACUGUUGCCAUUGUUUUCCACAAUGUACUGAGAUUGUAUUGUAUAUUAAAGUAUCCUAUUUAUUCUUA